AUGUCUUCAUCAUACGCGGCUGCCAUAUCAGCCCUUUUUUCUGCCAGCCAUUCUAAUCUGGGUGUUGAACCCAGUCCUCUGCCCUCGGCGGAAACAGCACCUACUCCUAAACCUGAGGACAACCUCAACCAUCCAGCGUCGCAGAGUCUUCCUCGUCUGCAGGAGCCUCUUGCAUCUUACGAUGAGCAACAGGAGAAUCCGGAAGACUACGGUAUAGGUGGUUACUACCCUAUAGAGAUUGGAGAAAUCUUUGUUGACCGUUACCAGGUUGUUAAAAAGUUGGGAUGGGGUCACUUCUCCACCGUCUGGCUCUGCUGGGAUAUGGUGACGAGGCAGUUUGUGGCUCUAAAGGUGGUGAAGAGUGCUCAGACUUUCACAGAGACUGCACUGGAUGAGAUCAAACUUCUAAAAUGUGUCAGGGACAGUGACUCCAAAGAUCCUAAACGUGAGAGAAUUGUGCACCUCAUUGAUGACUUCAGGUUAUCUGGAGUGACAGGAGAGCAUGUGUGCAUGGUUCUGGAGGUUUUGGGCCACCAGCUGCUGAAAUGGAUUAUCAAAUCCAACUACACUGGUCUCCCACUGCCUUGCGUCCGGAGCAUUCUCAGACAGGUUCUGCAAGGUUUAGAUUACCUGCACACUAAAUGCAAGAUUAUCCACACAGACAUCAAGCCAGAAAAUAUCCUGCUGAGUGUGGAUGAUGUUUAUAUUCAGAAGCUUUCAGCCAACACCAAACUUUGGGAGCUACCUGUGCCUCCAGCUCUCACCAGCUCUGGUUACUUAUUUGGAAAGCUGUCAGGGGUUUUCCAAACUCUUGGGGAAUGGUCCAACAAGAUGUCCAGGAGGCCGGUCAAACGACAGACUGAGAAAGACAGAAGCCGUCGACCAGCGAAGAGUCUGUCUGACCAUAAGCAAAACAAACACCACGUGUCCUUCUGUGACGCAGCCGCUCCUUCAAGCACACACAGCUCCACUUGUCAGUCAGAGCUCACAGGUCCUAACCUCAAGAUAAGGAGACAGACUUUGCUUUUUGAAGAUGGACAGGACUCGGCUUCACAAAGCCAAAGAAACCUAAUUUGUUCAUGUCCAAACCUCAGCGCUGGGACCUCUGUGUCUGCCUCCAGAUCACUAUUACAUCACACUCCACCUUCUCCAGCCUCGGCUUGUGUAAUCAAUGACUCCGAUGUACCUCUGGACCUGCUGAAGCCCCAGAAUGCUGACAAAAUCCUUAUCAAGAUUGCUGACCUGGGCAAUGCGUGCUGGGUGCACAAACACUUCACAGAGGACAUUCAGACGUGUCAGUACCGUUCUGUGGAAGUCUUAAUAGGUGCCAGCUAUGACACCCCAGCUGACAUCUGGAGCACUGCCUGCAUGGCUUUUGAGCUGGCUACAGGAGACUACUUGUUUGACCCGCAGUCAGGAGCAGCGUUCUCCCGCGAGGAAGAUCACAUUGCCCACAUCAUUGAGCUGCUGGGCCCUCUUCCCUCCCAGUUUGCCCUCUCUGGGAAAAACUCCAAGAGGUUUUUUAACCGUAAAGGACAACUGAGACGUAUAUCAAAGCUGAAACCGUGGAGUCUGUUGGAGAUCUUGCUGGAUAAGUACGAGUGGCUGCGAGAGGACGCUGUAGAGUUCAGUUCGUUUCUCUCUACCAUGUUGGAGCUUCUGCCAGAGAAAAGAGCCACUGCUGCUCAGUGUCUGAAACACCCCUGGAUGGCCUCUUGA